AUGAAGACAAUAACAGAGAUGAGACUUAAAAGCUGUUUUUUCUUCGUAUUUAUGUAUUUGGGCAAACUCUUUGCAGAAGAUAAACCUUGUGAUUUGCCACAUAUAGAAAACGGACAGAUCGCCCAGUACUAUUAUAAUUUCAAAAGUUACUACUUCCCUAUGCAUAAGGGAAAGAAACUUUCCUAUUCUUGUAUGGUCGGUUACACAACUGAAGCUGGCAUUCAAGAUGGGAGAAUAACUUGUACAGCAGAAGGAUGGUCUCCAAUGCCACAGUGCUACAAAAAAUGUAACAAGCCUCUUCUGGAAAAUGGGGUUUUUUAUGGUACAGAAAUCUACUUCAAAAUACAUGAGAAACUGCACUAUAAAUGUAAUCCAGGCUACUACAUUCCAAGUGGCAGUACUGAAGAUACAAUACAAUGUCGGCCAGAAGGAUGGUCCUCCCAGCCAAGCUGUACUAAAAAAAUUGAGUCGUGUCAAGUACCAGACUUACACCAUGGCAGCUACUUCUCAGCCCAGCAAGAGCUUCGACUGAACGAAACGCUGCUGUACAGGUGUGAGGAGGGAUAUCAGACUGCAGGAGGAAACACCACAGAAGCAGCAGUGUGCCUAGCACAUGGGUGGUCCCUUACUCCAAACUGCACUAAGAUAACUUGCUCCUCUUUGAGUGCAGUAGCACAUGGAGGUUUCUAUCCAGCAAAGAAAAUCUAUGAAGAGGGAGAUGUGGUUCACUUUUUCUGUGAGGAAAACUAUUCUAUCAGUGGAUUUGACCUAAUUCAAUGUUACUAUUUUGGAUGGCACCCAGACCCUCCAGUGUGUGAUGAUGUGAUAAAUAAAUGCCCUCCACCACCACUCCCUCCUCAUGCCCAUAUUCUCACAGUGAGAAGAACAUAUCAUCAUGGGGACAAAGUUCGGAUACAGUGUAAAAGUAACUUUGAAACAAGAGGAUCUGAGGAAAUCCAGUGUGAAAAAGGGAGAUGGACAUCACCCCCUGUUUGCAUUAGAACUGUGGAUAAACAGGAAUCUGAGGCACCACCACCACCAUCACUUGAGACAGAUGCAGCAGGAAGAGCAAGCAAAACAUAUCUCAAUGAAGAUAUAAAAAUGCAGCAAGGCUGUCCCCCUCCACCUGUGAUUAAAAAUGGUGUUCUUCUUGGUCCCUUAUUGGCAAGUUACAAAAAUGGUUCCUCAGUAGAGUAUGGCUGCCAGAGUUACCAUUUUCUGGAUGGACCUAGUACUGUUUACUGCCACCAAGGAGCCUGGACAGAACAACCAACUUGCUUAGAGCCAUGCACUCUUAAUGUAGCUGAUAUGAACAGCAGCAACAUAGAGUUGAAAUGGAAACAGGAAGAGUUAAUUUUCCUGCAUGGUGAUCUGAUAGAGUUUGAAUGUAAACAGGGAUACAACUUUCUCCAGACUACUCUUCCAUCUCCCGGGAGGGCACAGUGUAAUCGUGGCAGGCUGCAGUACCCCAAAUGCAUUAUGCAAGCUCCUAAAGAAAAAUGUGACUCUCCACCUUCUAUUGCAAAUGGAGCUCUUACUCUCCCACCCCUGACCCAGUAUGACAGUGGUUCUACAGUCCAGUAUAGUUGCUCUGACUAUCAUGUUCUGCAAGGAUCUGAGAGCAUUUACUGCUCUGAGGGGCAGUGGACUUCACCACCAGUCUGUAUCGAGCCAUGCACCUUGUCAGGAAUUGAAAUGGAGAAAAAUAAUUUGCUGCUCCAAGGCUUCUAUCAGAAUCAAGCUUACUUUUACCACGGGGAUUAUGUUGGAUUUUACUGUAAACAGAACCAUUUUGGAGCAGAAUCUGGGACAACUUUAUUUCAAGUGCAGUGUAAGGGAGGCCAGCUGACGUAUCCAAGGUGUGUUGAAAGAGGAAAAUAA